AUGUCCCAAAAUGGCGGCGAUGCAUCCAAAGCGUCGUCGCCGGGGCGCCCGCGGCAUCAAAUAAAGAGGUCCAUCUCCGAGAUCUCGUCGCCAAUCCGCCUGCAUCGCCAUCACUCGUAUCGCGCAGCAAAAGAGACGGAGCGGGAUUCGCGCACUCCGGCCCCGCAGUCGGCGAUACCCGUGGUGCAAGGCAGCCGCUCAUUCGAAUGGUCACGGUCCGAGGGGGUGACCCCGAAUCAAACUCCCAGCGCCAGCCGACGCACGAGUCUUCUCUAUGCGUCGGCCGACGAAGUGAUGCCGGCGACCACCAAGGCCUCGAAGGACAACGGGGUGGUUAAUGGACUUUCCAAGGAGCAGCAGAAGGCCGCAGCACGAGAAAGUGGCCUGCAACGAUCUCUCGCCGAGCUUGAGUCUUUUACAACCUCGACGACAAAGCAGCUUGAUGACACAUAUUACGGGGUUCUGGAAAAGCUAGGCUCGCUACAAGGCACUGUUAUGGCACUAAAAGAACUCUGCGAACGCUCCCGGCAGCUAAACAGUAACUUCGGCACAGAGGCGGACGAUUUGGUCACGGAUAUAAACGCGCAGCUCGAUACAUUUGGCCAAUUCGAGGACCAGCAACAGCGCAUAGAGUCCCUCCAGGGCCGCAUCCAAUCGAGACGGGAGCUCAUCAGGUCGCUGGGCGAGCGGGUCAACGCCGUGAGUGCGCGGAUCGAGGGUUGGGAGCGCGCGGACCGGGAAUGGCAGGAGAAGACGAGGAAGCGCCUCAAAGCUGUCUGGGUCGUCACAUCCGUCAUUUUCUUUCUGGUGCUCUCGCUCUUCAUCGGCUCCCAGUAUGCACCCGAGAGUCCAGAAACAACGAUAUCGCGCGUUGCGAGCGACGGUUUGAGCAGCCUCAGACAUGUCACGGGGACAGGCGCAAAAACGCCCCAGGAGAAGAGCUGGCCAUCUAACAAUACAGAUUCUCUAAGCGUCUCGUCUUCCACACCUGAUAUGCUCAGGGCGUUCGAUGAAUUGUAG